CUAAUCCCUAGUGUAUUCCUAAUCUCAAUUAAUAAUAACUUAAUGACAUAGUCAACCUCUCCCUAUAGAGUUGGCAAAGUGGGAUAUAACUUGAAUAAGUGAAUGAAUGAAUCAUUGAUUCCAAUAGGGGCUGUUUUGGCAAAGAGGAUUUGCUUCUUUUAUUUCUCUAACUACUGAGAGAAAUAAAUCAAAAAAAUUUAAAAAUGUCCAGUAGCACCUUAGAAACCAACUAAGUUUGUUCUGGGUAUACCUGAAGAAGGGUCUGGUGACUUCUGUUUCAGUGUAUCUGAAGAAGUGUGCAUGCACACGAAAACUACUCAGUUGGUCUCUAAGGUGCUACAUUAUAAUUUUUAAAUUCUUUUGGAAGGAUUCUUUUAAACUUUCUUAGAUCAUAUAACUUUUUUGAAGACUUGAUUCUUUUAAGGGAAUUUUUAGGUUUUUAAGAAGAGUCUUUUUAACUAUCUUUUUAAAGAAUUGUUUUAAUUUAUUUUGACUGUAAAUGAGAAACAUGCUUUGUCUUUAGUUCCAGGGAUGUGACCACAAGGUAUCAGAUGCCUGAGAAGGGUUGGCUCAUUUGGACAUACUUUGAGAAUUUUUUUUAAUUUGCUCAUAUUAAAAAGAAAAAAAGAAAAGAAUCACGAACAUCUGUGAGGGGGCCACUGAAAGUAAUGAUUUCAGAAGAGCUACUUGAAGUAGGACUAACAGGAACCAACUCAUGAUGCAAUUUAACAUGGAUUGGGCAGCCUACAGUCCAAAGGCAGGGGCCAUAAAAAGCUGAGGCUCUGGACUUGAGAGACGUGCGGCAAUGAAGACACUUCACCUUCUGUCAUUCUGCCUGCUCAUGGUGGCAAACGAGACAAGGAAGUUUGAGGAUUGUGAAUUGUUUUACAAGCUGAGAGAUCUUGGGCUGGAUGGCUUUCGCGGUAUUGACGUAAAACAAUAUGUCUGUAUGGCUGGAUUCCCAGCUAAUUACAACACUGAAUACUACGAGACAGAAGAGGGUGUCCCACACUACGGGCUAUUCCAUCUGAGCGGCCAGGAAUGGUGCUUUAAUGAGAGGCGGCCCUCACAGAACAAAUGCAACAUUUCCUGUGAUUAUCUCCUCGAUGAUGAUAUUGCAGAUGAUGUAAGGUGCCUUAAGAAGGUUAUCACCGAGAAAGGGCUGGAGUAUUGGAGACAUUAUCAAGUAAACUGCAGCAGAGGAGCCCUCAGCAUUCUGCAUCUCUCAUGCUCUUAUUUUUUGGAAUAUCAGUCCUGGUUCAAAAACUUAGUAUUGUACGGGAAGAAAAAGGAAGUCCACAUACAUUUUAAUUAAAAAACUAACUGGGAAUUCUUUCAUUGUGUUUUAAGUCUCUUCCAAAAAGAAAUAAAAGUCAAUCAAUGAUAAAAGUG